AUGGCGUUAAAUUCAACAUCUUUUCAAAAUGCAAUUGCUCUCAUCACAGGAGGCAAUAAGGGUAUUGGAUUUGAAGUUGCUCGUCAACUUGGUGAAGAAGGUCUUGUAGUUCUCAUUGCAGCUCGAGAUAAAAUACGAGGUGAAGAAGCCGUUUGCAUAUUAAAUAAUGAAAAUAUUCAGGCAAAAUGGAUUGAACUUGAUGUAACAAAACAAGAAACAAUCGAUAAUGCAGCUCAUCAAGUUUUAAAUGACUAUGGACGACUCGAUAUUUUGAUCAAUAAUGCAGGCAUUCUUUUAGAAGGUGAGCCUCCAAGAUUAGCAAGAACCGAUAUGAAUGAUAAUAACAAAGCCUAUCCUCCACCAAGUCAUGCUGCUCGAGUUAUUGUUCAUUAUGCAACAUUGCCUGACGAUGGUCCAUCUGGAAAAUUUUUUGAUUCACAAAAAGACGAAAUGCCAUGGUAGAACGA